AUGGGAUUUUGUAGCAAAAGUUUCAGGUUUGAAGGUGGAGGGAGAAACAUAAGAAUAGGUUUAAACAGAACAGGAAAGAGUUGCAGGUUAAGGUGGGUUAAUUACCUGCAUCCUGGUCUCAAACGCGGUAAGAUGACGCCACAAGAAGAGCGUCUUGUCCUCGAGCUUCACGCCAAAUGGGGAAACAGGUGGUCAAAAAUAGCCCGUAAAUUGCCGGGGAGAACAGAUAAUGAGAUAAAGAAUUACUGGAGGACUCAUAUGAGGAAGAAGGCUCAAGAGAAGAAGCGACCUAAGUCUCCAACUUCCUCAUCUUCCAACUGCGGUUCAUCAUCUAUGACCACUACAACUACUCAAGACACUGGAGGAUCCAAUGGGAAAAUGAAUCAAGAAUGUGAAGACGGAUACUACUCGAUGGAUGACAUAUGGAGAGAGAUUGAUCAAUCGGGAGAAAACAUUGUUAAACCGGUAAGAGACAUCUAUUACUCAGAGCAAAGUUGUUACUUGAAUUUCCCUCCUUUGGCUUCUCCAGCAUGGGAAAGCUCUUUGGAAUCUAUAUGGAACAUGGAUGCAGAUGAAAGUAAGAUGUCUUCUUUUGACAUUGAUCAAUUUCCUCUAAGUUUUGAACAUGGUAGAUCAUCGUGGUCGUCGUCUUUAGCAGACUAA